UAGUGGCAUAGAGAUGGAGAGAAUAGGGGACUGAUGGACUGAUGAAAAUGCUUUUCUUUUGAACUCAAUAAAGCACAGGAUCGUUUUGGAUGGGAUAUUGAAUACUUCUGGACUGUGGAGUGGAUUAAUUCAGUUGGGAUUUGUGUUUUUGUGUUCGUCACAUCUGUCUAAAGGUCUUCUUGCAGUCACUAGAGUGAAAAAGGUGAAACUCGGUCAUGGAUAUCGGUGGUCUGGAGACGGUGGUGGCCAACUCGGCCUACGUAUCAGCACGAGGCAGCGUGGAUGGCGCGGCCGCUGCCACCAUGCGCGACAAGAAGUACCGCGCCAAACUCGAGCUGCCGCACAUCAAGAAGUUUGAGCACAUGAAGGCCACCGUCGACUCGACUUUCAACAGCAUGUGUGUGACGCAGCCCAUUGGCAAGCGCCUCUUCCAGCAGUACCUGGAGAGCGACCCCACGCACAAGAACGCCGCCGACCUCUGGAAGGACAUCGAGGACUACAAUGUGGCCCAGGAGAAGGACAGGCAACAGAAGGCUCAGAAGAUCGUCAACAAGUACUACGAGUCGGCCUCCAAGACGUUCUGCAGCUUCCUUGACGAGAAGGCCGUGAGCCGCGUCAAGGAGGAUCUCAAGAACACACGCGGCGACCUGUUCAAGGAGAGCGAACAGAUCCUGCUCAAGCACCUGGAAGCCAAGGCCCACGCCGGCUUCAAGGACAGCAUGUACUUCCUGCGCUUUAUUCAGUUCAAGUGGCUGGAGGGCCAGUCAGUGGCGGAGGACUGGUUCAACGACUUCCGCGUGCUGGGCAAGGGCGGCUUUGGGGAGGUGUGCGCCUGCCAGAUGAAGGCCACUGGGAAGAUGUACGCCAACAAGAAGCUCAACAAAAAGAGGCUGAAGAAGCGCAAAGGGUAUGAGGGGGCUAUCGUUGAGAAGAGGAUCCUAGCCAAGGUGCACAGUCGCUUCAUUGUGACGCUGGCGUAUGCCUUCCAGACCAAGAAUGAUCUGUGUCUGGUCAUGACUAUCAUGAAUGGAGGAGACCUCAGGUAUCACAUGUAUAACGUGGAUGAGAAGAACCCAGGCUUCAAUGAGCAGAGGGCAUGCUUCUACACGGCUCAGAUCAUCUGUGGACUUGAGCAUCUCCACCAGCACCGGAUCGUCUACAGAGAUCUCAAGCCUGAGAAUGUUUUACUGGACGAUGCAGGACACGUGCGUCUUUCAGACCUGGGUUUGGCUGUUGAACUCCCGCCAGGAAAAGACAAGACUAAGGGAUAUGCAGGCACCCCAGGCUUCAUGGCCCCUGAGCUGCUGGAGCAUAAAGAGUAUGACUACACCGUGGACUACUUCACCCUGGGGGUCACCCUUUACGAGAUGGUCGCCGCCAAAGGGCCUUUUCGCGUUCGAGGAGAACAGGUGGAAAAUGAUGAGGUGAAGCGGCGCAUCCUGAAGGACCCGGUGUCCUACCCCGACAAGUUCAGCAAGGAGCUGAAGGACAUCUGUGAGGGCCUGAUGGAGAAGGACCCAGUCAAACGGCUCGGCUUCAAGGACAACGAAUGCGCUGAGCUCAAGAACCAAGCCUUCUUUAAAGAACUCAACUGGGGACGACUGGAAGCAGGCAUGUUACCACCUCCAUUCGUCCCGGACCCUAAACAGGUUUAUGCAAAGGACAUCGGUGACGUGGGCGCCUUCAGCACGGUCAAGGGCGUGGUCCUCGACAACAAGGACACCGAGUUCUAUGACGACUUCUCCUCGGGCAACAUCCCCAUCCCCUGGCAGGAGGAGAUGAUAGAGACGGGUGUGUUCGGCGAGCUAAACCUCUGGGCCGAGAAAGGCAAGUUGCCCAACGACCUCGACCCCAACUUCGUCCCCCAGGUCCAGGGCGGGGCCUGCGUGCUGCUGUGAGCCAAUAGGAAAGGACCGAGUCAAGGGUACAAGAAAAGACAGGGGAAGAAUUGACCAAUUAAAUGACUGAAGCAAAAA